UUUUUCAGCUAUCGAACGAUGGAUAAUACUGGAGAAGGAUCGUCCGAUUCGAGUGGAACUUGGGAGCGAAUUUCGGACAAUUCUCAGUCUUCGGACAACAUGGAUCCAACACAAUGGUGGCAGAAGCAGGACGAUAUCGUAAUCUCAGGAGUCUCGGGCCGAUUUCCAAGAUGCGAUAACGUCAAAAUGUUCGGAGACAUGCUUCUUGCUGGUGAAGACCUGGUAACGGAAGACUCUCUCAGAUGGACACCAGGAUUUUGCGAUCUGCCAAAAAGACAUGGAAAACUGAAAGUGUUGAACAAAUUCGACGCGGGCUUUUUUCAAGUUACUCCAAAACAGGCAAAUUUCAUGGAUCCACAAGUUCGACUACUUCUUGAAGCUUCAUGGGAGGCAAUGGUUGAUGCGGGCAUAAAUCCCACUGACCUCCGUGGAUCCAAAACAGGAGUUUUUGUUGGAUGUUCAGCUUCAGAAACCUCUGGAAUGCUCACACAAGACCCAGAUACUGUAACGGGCUACACGUUGACGGGUUGUGUGCGUUCUAUGUUCUCUAACCGUAUUUCUUACACAUUCGAUUUGCAAGGACCAUCUUUCUCGGUGGACACCGCUUGCUCAUCUUCACUUUUGGCACUUCAACUUGCCGUCGACUCUAUUAGACAGGGUCAAUGCGACGCCGCUAUUGUCGCAGGAGCUCAUCUCACAUUGACUCCAACUGCAGCUCUCCAAUUCUUGAGAUUGGGCAUGCUCACAGAUAAGGGAAGCUGCCGUUCAUUCGACGAAUCUGGUGAUGGAUAUUGUCGUACUGAAGGAGUUGCAGCCAUCUUCAUUCAACGCAAGAAGAAGGCUCAAAGACUCUAUGCAACUGUUGUUCACGCCAAGUCUAACACUGAUGGGCACAAGGAGCAUGGAAUCACUUUCCCAUCAGGAGAAAGACAAGCUCAAUUGCUUCAAGAAGUUUAUUCUGAGGCUGGAAUCGAUCCAAACUCAGUCUACUACGUUGAGGCUCACGGAACUGGAACUAAGGUCGGAGAUCCACAGGAAGCCAACGCAAUCUGUGAAGUUUUCUGCUCCAAGCGUACUGAUUCUCUUUUAAUCGGUUCAGUCAAAUCUAACAUGGGACAUGCUGAGCCAGCAUCUGGAGUUUGCUCUUUGACCAAGAUUCUUCUCUCCAUUGAACGUCAAUUGAUUCCACCAAAUUUGCAUUACAAUACUCCAAAUCAGUACAUUCCGGGACUUACCGACGGGCGCUUGAAGGUUGUCACGGAGCCAACUGCACUUCCAGGAGGACUUAUUGGAAUCAACUCUUUCGGAUUCGGAGGAUCUAACACUCACGUCAUCUUGAAGGCUGCUGAUCAUAUAGCUCCACCAAUCACCCCACAUCCAUUCACCAAACUUGUCACUUACUGUGGAAGAACUCAAGAAGCUGUUGAAAACAUUUUCACCGAAAUUGAGAGUAACAAGGAUGAUCUCUACCUUCAAGCUUUGUUGGCCAAUCAGGCUAACAUGCCAGCCAACCUUCUUCCAUUCCGUGGAUACAUGCUUUUGGAUAGAGAAAAUAAUGUUGAGACCUUGAAGAGCAUCACCAAGGUCCCAAUUACUGAAGCUCGUCCGAUCUAUUUCAUUUACUCUGGAAUGGGAUCCCAAUGGCCUGGAAUGGCGAUCAAGCUCAUGAAGAUUCCAAUGUUCGAUGAUUCUCUUCGUGCUUCCAGCAAGACCCUUGAAGAAUUUGGACUUGAUGUUUACGGAAUGCUCUGCAAUCCAGAUCCAGAACAAUACUCCAACAACACUAUGAACUGCAUGCUCGCCAUCACUGCUAUCCAAAUCGCUUUGACUGAUGUUCUCACUGCUCUCGGAGUUUCACCAGAUGGAAUAAUUGGUCAUUCAACUGGAGAAAUGGGAUGUGGAUAUGCUGACGGAGGAAUUACUCGUGAGCAAACAAUGAGACUUGCUUAUCAUCGUGGAACCACCAUCAUGAAGCACACUGAAAUUAAGGGUGCUAUGGCUGCUGUUGGUUUGACUUGGGAGCAGGUUAAGGAACAAGCUCCACCUGGAGUUGUUGCCGCUUGCCACAACGGAGCUGACUCGGUUACCAUUUCUGGAGAUGCUGAAGGUGUAGCUACAUUCUGUGCUCAACUCAAGGAGAAGGAUAUCUUUGCGAAGGUUGUUGAUACAUCUGGAAUUCCAUUCCACUCCCCAGCAAUGCUAGCUGUUCAAGACGAGAUGAUUGAGUGCAUGAGAACUGCUGUUCCAGAACCAAAACCAAGAUCUUCAAAGUGGAUUUCUACAUCCAUCCCAGAAGAUGACUGGGAGUCUGACUUGGCUGCAACUUGCUCUGCUGAAUACCAUGUCCACAAUGCUUGCUCUCCAGUGUUGUUCUACGAAGCUAUUCAAAAGAUUCCAGCAAACGCUGUCACCAUUGAAAUGGCUCCACAUUCAUUGAUGCAAGCCAUUCUUCGUCGUUCACUUCAAAAGACUGUCACCAACGUUGGUCUUAUGAACAGGCCAAAGUCUGAGAAUGAUGAUGAACUCGAGAGCUUCUUGGGAUCUCUUGGAAAGAUCUACCAAGCGGGAGUAAACAUUCAAAUCACUGAACUCUACCCAGGAGGUCAAUACAAGGGAGUUGUUCCAAAGGGAACUCCAAUGAUUGGUCCAAUGUGGAAAUGGGACCACACUCAAGACUGGCUUACCAUUGAUGGGCGUCAAGUUCUUGCUGGAGGAAGUGGAUCUGUUGCAUCAUCUGCUACCUACAACAUUGAUCCAUUUGCAACUGAUUCCAAGGAAACCUAUCUUCUUGAUCACGUCAUUGAUGGCCGUGUACUCUACCCAUUCACUGGACAUAUGGUACUUGCUUGGAGAACUCUUUGCAAACUCAAGGGAUUGGAUUACACUAAGACUCCAGUCGUCUUUGAGAACAUCAAUGUCUUCUCUGCCACCAUCCUUACCAAGCCAAUCAAAUUGGAUGUUGUCUUGUCCCCAGGAAAUGGAUACUUUGAGAUUAUCUCUGAUGAUCAAGUUGCUGCUUCUGGAAGAAUCUACAUUCCAGAAGACAACCAACCAUUCUACUACGGAAAAUUGGAAGAUAUUCGUACAUCUGAAAUUGCUGAUCGUAUUGAACUGGACACUGAGGAUGCCUACAAGGAGUUCCUUCUUAGAGGAUAUGAAUAUGGACAGGCUUUCCGUGGAAUUUACAAGACAUGCAACUCUGGAGAACGCGGAUUCUUGUACUGGACCGGAAACUGGGUCACUUUCUUGGACUCCCUUCUUCAAACUGCUCUUCUUGCCGAGCGAUCUGACACUCUUCGUCUUCCAACUCGCGUUCGUCAUCUUCGUAUUGAUCCAAACAAGCAUCUUGAGCAUGUUGUCGAAAAAGACGGAAUCCAAGUUAUUGAAUUGAGAAACGAUCAUUCUACCAAUGGAUGUAUUGCUGGAGGAGUUGAAUGCUGCGAUUUGAACGCUCAUUCAGUCGCCAGAAGAAUUCAAGUUUCUGGACAACUCUACCAUGAGAAGAUCUUUUUCGUUCCUCACUUUGACCAUAACUGUCUCAGUGGACAUAAGAAAACUUCUACAAUUCUCAAGGACUACUCUGCUGUUAUCAAGCAACAACUCUACACUGGAUUCUCCAAAUGGCAAUCCGCUGGACUCCUGAAGAAGUUGAAGAACGGAGCUCAAAUUGUAAAAGCUCUUGCUGUUCUCAAGGCUUCUCAAUCUGAUGUUGUUCUUGAUGAUACUGUCACAAGAUUCACUCAUGAUGGAAAGUGCACUGUGCUCCAUCACAUCGCUGAUAUGUUUAAGAUUGAAGAUUGCGAGGACUUUGAAGAUCGUGUUGCUGCUAAGCUGAAAAGUGUUCGCGGUAUCUUCGAACUGGAUAGGCUCUGGGCUGGAGCUGUUCUCAAUGAUCGCAUUGUCAAGAGUCUUCAAGAUAUUUGUAUUGAAAACUCUGCUGGGCAUCAUGCAACAAUGGCAGCGGUUGAUUUGGUCUCUACUGAUCAAAUUCGUCAUUGCAUUGAAGCCAACUCAUCUCAUCCACUUCUUGAAACCGAUUAUACUUGCAUCGGAGCCAAUGUUGAUCAUUUGGACGAAAGUACGCUCGAGAUUAUUGGAGGAAAGAAGCAAAAGAUCGACUUGGAGAAUAAUUUCACUGGACAUGGAGAAGUCAAGAAUUUGGAUUAUGUUCUUUUGGACAAAGUUAUCAGCAAGAAGGCUGAUCCAAUUGCCUUUAUUGAAGCUUGCAAGCAUUUGAUCCGCGAGACUGGAUUCUUGUUGGUUGUUGAAGUUACCUCUCAAUACGAAAUUGCUCUUGCCAUUGAAGGACUUCUUGGAAAUGAAAUGGUUGGAGAUGCUUCUCGUAAGUACAAUCAAUUCUUUACUCACGAACAACUUCUCGAUAUGUUCAAAUCCACUGGAUUCCUUAUUUGCAACUUCCAAUCGGACCCAGCCCUUAUGACCACUACAUAUGCCGUUCGUCGUGUUUCACCAAUCCCACGUGAUCCAGUCUUUAUUGACGUUGAUGAUGUCAAGGAGUUCAACUGGAUUGAGCCUCUUCAAAAGGUCUCUGAGGAAAGACUCAACGAACCAGAUUCCAAGACCAUCUGGCUAGUGAGUAACAAAUGCCGAAAUAAUGGAAUAGUUGGACUUGGGCUUUGCUUCGUCGAGGAGAAUUUGAAGAUUAACAGAUUCCGUUCUGCUUUUGAUAUGUCUGCCAACAAGGAAAUUCGUGAUGGACCGCCAGUCUGGAAUAUUGGUGAUGAGGAGACCAAGAAGAUCGUUGAGCUUGAUCUUCACGCCAAUGACUACAUGGAUGGACAAUGGGGAUCAAUGCGUCAUAUCGUUGUUAAGGAUGAAGAUGUUCAUGUCUACAAAGAUUGUGAGCACGCUUUCAUCAACACUCUUACACGUGGAGAUGUUUCAUCUCUUACCUGGUUCGAGUCUCCAAAUCAAUAUUUUGAUUCCAUGGUUAAGAGCAAGGCUACUCAAGAACUGUGCUCUGUAUAUUAUGCUCCAAUCAACUUCCGUGAUAUUAUGCUUGCUUACGGACGUCUUCCACCAGAUGCUAUUCCAGGAAACUUUGCUGAUCGUGAAUGUCUUCUCGGAAUGGAGUUCUCUGGACGUCUCAAGGAUGGUACCCGUUUAAUGGGAAUUCUUCCAGCUCAAGCUCUUGCCACCACUGUCAUGGUUGAUAGAGACUACGCUUGGGAAGUUCCAAGGGAUUGGACUCUUGCUGAAGCUUCAACUGUCCCAGUUGUCUACACCACCGCUUAUUAUGCUUUGGUUAGAAGAGGAUUAAUGAAGAAGGGAGACAAGAUUCUCAUCCACGGAGGAGCUGGAGGAGUCGGACAAGCUGCCAUUGCCAUCGCUCUUGCUGCUGGAUGUGAAGUCUUCACCACUGUCGGAUCAGCUGAGAAACGUGAAUUCUUGAAGAACUUGUUCCCACAACUUCAAGAGCAUCACUUCGCUAACUCUCGUUCCGCUGACUUCGAACUUCAUAUCCGUCAACACACCAAAGGACGUGGAGUCAACAUUGUUCUCAACUCACUUGCCAACGAGAUGCUUCAAGCUUCUCUCAGAUGUUUGGCUCGUCACGGACGUUUCCUUGAAAUAGGAAAGGUCGACUUGUCUCAAAACUCAUCCCUUGGAAUGGCUAAGCUUUUGGAUAACGUUUCCGUUCACGGAAUCCUUCUUGAUUCUAUCAUGGACCCAACCGUUGGAGAUUUGGAUGAAUGGAAAGAGAUUGCCAGACUUUUGGAACAAGGAAUCAAGAGCGGAGUUGUCAAGCCACUUCACUCGCAUUCCUUCCCAGCUGACAAGGCUGAGGAAGCAUUCCGUUUCAUGUCUGCUGGAAAACACAUUGGAAAGGUCAUCAUGGAGAUCCGUCCAGAUGAAGGAACCAAGGUAUGCCCACCAUCCAAGAUCUCAGUUCGUGCCAUCUGUCGUACUCUCUGCCAUCCACAACACACGUACUUGAUCACCGGAGGACUCGGAGGAUUCGGUCUUGAAUUAGCUCAAUGGCUCAUCAACCGUGGAGCACGCAAACUUGUUCUUACCUCGAGAACUGGAAUUCGUACUGGAUACCAAGCAAGAUGUGUUCAUUUCUGGAGAAGAACUGGAGUUUCCGUUCUUGUAUCCACUUUGAACAUUGCUAAGAAAUCGGACGCUGUAGAACUCAUCAACCAAUGUACCGCCAUGGGACCGAUUGGAGGAAUAUUCCAUUUGGCUAUGGUUCUUCGUGAUUGUCUGUUCGAGAACCAAAACGUGCAGAACUUCAAGGAUGCCGCCGAGGCCAAGUACUAUGGAACCAUUAAUUUGGAUUAUGCUUCUCGUGAACAUUGUGACAAGAACAUCUUGAAAUGGUUCGUCGUCUUCUCGUCUAUUACUUCUGGACGUGGAAAUGCUGGACAAACGAACUACGGAUGGUCCAACUCUUGUAUGGAGAGAAUGAUUGAUCAACGUCGUGCCGAUGGAUUCCCAGGAAUUGCAAUUCAAUGGGGAGCUAUUGGAGAUGUCGGUGUCAUUCUUGAGAACAUGGGAGAUAACAACACCGUUGUUGGUGGAACUCUUCCACAAAGAAUGCCAUCUUGCUUGUCUUCUCUUGACAACUUCUUGUCUUGGAAUCAUCCUAUUGUUUCCUCCUUCAUCAAGGCUGAGCUCGGAUCAAAGAAGAAUGUUGGAGGUGGAGACUUGAUGGCAACUAUUGCUCAUAUUCUUGGAGUCAAUGACAUUUCUCAAUUGAAUGCUGAUGCCAAUCUUAGUGAUUUGGGACUUGAUUCCUUGAUGGGAGUCGAAAUCAAGCAAGCUCUUGAGAGAGAUCACGAUAUUGUUCUUUCCAUGAAAGAAAUCCGUACUCUGACCCUCAACAAGCUUCAACAACUUGCUGAUCAAGGUGGAACUGGUAGAACUGCUCUUCAAGUCAACGAAUUGGAGAUGAAGAAGGAUGGAGAACGUGAUGCCGAGUUGAAUACUGCUGAGAUGCUUGAGCAGCAAAUGAACCAGUUGUUUAAGAUGAGAGUUGAUGUCAAUGAUUUGGACCCACAGGAUAUCAUCGUUAAGGCUAACAAGGUUGAAGAAGGACCAAUCACUUUCUUCGUUCACUCGAUUGAGGGAAUUGCAACUCCACUCAAGAAGGUUAUGAACAAAUGUGAAUUCCCAGCUUACUGCUUCCAAUCAACCAAGAACGUCCCUCAAACUUCCAUCGAGGAUGUUGCCAAGUGCUACAUUCGUGAAAUGAAGAAGAUUCAACCAUCUGGACCAUAUCGUCUUGUUGGAUAUUCUUACGGAGCUUGCAUUGGAUUUGAAAUGGCCAAUAUGCUUCAAGAGUCCGACGGAAGAGAUGCUGUUGAACGAUUGAUUCUUCUCGAUGGAUCCCAUCUCUACAUGCAAACUUACAGAAACGUAUACCGUAUGGCCUUUGGAGUAACGGGAGAUUCCCUGGUCAACAAUCCACUCUUCGAAUCUGAGAUCAUGUGUGCCAUGACUCUUCGUUUCGCCAAUGUGGAUUACAAGAAGUUCCGAUUUGAACUCCUUCAACAACCAGGAUUCAAGGCCCGUGUGCAAAAGGUGGUGGAUCAAGUCAUGCUAACUGGUCUCUUCAAGUCACCAGAGACCGUUGCAUUUGCCUGUGAGGCAAUGCAUUCCAAGUUCCUCAUGGCUGACAAGUACAAGCCAAGAAGAAACUUCGGUGGACACAUCACACUGAUCAGAGCUGAGCAAGGAGCUGCUCGUGAGGAGGACGUUGGAGAAGAUUAUGGAGUUGCGGCCGUGUCAGAAGAUUGCGAGGUGCUCAAAGUUAAAGGAGAUCACGAUACCUUCGUGCAAGGAAAGUCAUCUUCAGUAACAGUUGAACACAUCAACAGGAUUAUUCUUCAAUAAAUCAACAAUCACAUAUCCAUAAUCUCAUCCAAUCUCUCCCCUCAAUGUUUUAAUAUUUUGGCUUUAUAUUUUGACUUUCAAACUGUUUAUUUCUUUUUUCGGUUGCUUCUUUUUCUCAAACCUUUUGAUUUUCAAACGUGUCACCCAAUAUUGCUCUUUGCUCAAGACUCAUGAGUGUGUGUAUUAGUUUUCAAUGGAUUAGUUAGUUUUCUAAUGUUUUCUAGGACUGCCCACCCUUGAUUUCAAUUGAAUUCUAAUCAUUUUCCAUAUGUUUAGUACCAUGCUUUCUUCUCUCUUUGCUCGAUCUGUCUGUACUUGACCCCCUUUCCCCCCUCUUCACAGGUCUCUCUCUCUCCCCCAGUGCCAUGCCGUUACGGUUACGUAGGUUACUGAUUCUUUCCCAUUCCUUCUUCUCGAAACGUUUCUUUUUGUUUUAAAUUUUCUUUUAUAACUCAAUUUUCACGCGGAACCAAUUGUUUUUAAUGUGUUUCAUUUUGUAACUUUUCAUUUUUUUUUUUCUUGUUUUGUUCUCAAUGUUUUUGCUUCUAGAUUUCUCUAUUGAGCUGAAUAAAUUCUUUUGAAAAAUAACAC